AUGCCGCUCCGGAACAUUCCUGGCGGCGGCAAGGCCAAGGCCCACGUCUUUCUGGAUGUGGAGAUGGAGGAGGUGGUGCGGCCUGCGGCGGGGCACGAGCUGCGCGCCGGGUGGGGCAGCAAGGUUGUGAUCACAAUCGGGCCCAGCUGCCAGGAUGUGGCGACGCUGGUCAGGCUGCUGCGCACGGGGGUGACCUGCGCGCGGGUGGACCUCAGCUGGGGCACCAAAGAGUACCACCAGCGCAGCCUGCGCAACCUGGCAGAGGCGAUGCAGCAGACGCGACUGCUGUGGAGCGUGUGGCUGGACACCACGGGGCGCGAGGUGGUGGUGCGGCGCCCGAUCGAGUACGACGCCAGCGGCUGGCCGCGCCAGCAGGACCAGCGCAUCACGGUUGAGAAGGACCAGGUGUUCAAGAUCACCACAGACCCCACCGCCACCGCCUCGCCCUCCCUCCUCCCUGUCAACUACCCGGGCGAGUCGCUGCGGCCACCUGCCGCAGGCUGCCCAGUACUGCCCAGCACGCCAUCCCCGCCCUUCCACGAGAUUGUGGAGGUGGGGCAGCAGCUGCAGAUCGGCAGGUACCUGUCCACCGGCACCGAGGGCAUGUCGCUGUACGCAGACGUGGUUGAUGUGGGGGAGGGCGAGGUGACCUGCGUGGCCCUCUCCUCAGCUGUGCUGGACGGGCUGCUGACCGUGAUGGUGUGCCACACCGAGGACGAGGAGUUCCGGGGCGACUUUGGGCUGCCCCUGCUGACGGAGUUUGAUGUGGACUGCAUCAAGUCGCUGGGGUCCCAGUUCGAGGUGGACUUUGUGAACCUGUCGUACUGCAACAGCGUGGACGACCUGUACUCCGCCAGGGCGCUCCUGGACAGCCUGGGCAUGGCGCAGACCAAGAUCAUCGCCAAGGCGAGCGGCGGGAUUGAGCGCAAGGCAGCGAUCCGCAACUUUGAGGCCAUUGCCCACGUGGCCGACGGGAUCAUGAUCUCCCGCGGCAACCUGGGCCUGGACUUCGAGCCAGAGGUCAUGGCGCUGCUCCAGAAGCGCAUCGUGUCGCGCUGCAACCAGCUGGGCAAGCCGGUGCACAUCACCCGCAUCGUCGACACGAUGGCCACCGACGUGGCCAACGCUGUGCUGGACGGCGUGGACGGGCUGCUGCUGGGCGCGGAGACGCUGCGCGGCGAGUAUCCAGUCGAGACUGUGGAGACGGUGCUGAAGCUGGCGGCAGCGGCUGAGAAGCACUUUGACUACCACACCCACCACGAGAUGCUGAUGGGAGAAGCAUACGAGGCAAGCAGGCUGCGGCAGCCUGCUUGA